AAGGAUAGCCAAGGGUUAAGGUUUCUUUUUUUGCAAAGGAACUGAAAGAACUUCUUUGAAAUGAAAGUUGCCCAUCGGCUUUCUCCCUCGCACCCGCGCGUUCUUAUCAGACAUAACAAAGUGCUUGACCCAAGGAGACCCAACCAGAACAACAACAACAAUAAAAGCAGUAACAACAACAACAACGAGAGCAUAACAGCAUCAUCAGAUUGCCAAACAGAAUUCUGCGCAAGUGCAGCAGGUCUCUUUACCAAAAGAGCGAGCGAGAGGCCAAUAAACUUAACGAAAGAGAGAGGGCUCCACAAUUCCAAUAAGAGAGAGAGAGCGACGCGCGCAGCUUUCGUUCAGUUUUUGGGGAGCCGUUUGGAUGGUAUCGUUGGAUUUCGCAGCGGCAUUUUACGCUCAAGUUUAAAACGAGGAGCCAAAGAGAAAAGAACGACCGCGAGGCGCAACGGAAUACAAAAAGCGUCAAAAGAAAUAAAAGAAUCCAAUCCGAAAACGCUCGUAAAAAAUAAAAACAAAUUGCAAACUAAAUAAAUAAAUAAAACUCGGGAUAUCGAAUGUCGUGGCGAGAUAAAAAUACGCACUAAUCAUAUAUAUUUACAAAUAUAAAUAUUAAUGCAAACUGCAGCGCAAAGUGCAAAACGCAGUGGACACCACUUGAAGAAAGAGUGAUGUGAUGUCAUAAUAAAACUUUGCCCUUAUCGACAUUGCAAAAAAAGAAAUAAACGAUAUCAGCGGAAAAGCGAGGUAAAAGUUAAUAAAUACCCGCGCGAACGAAAAUCAAAUUGCAAUUUUGUGAUAAACAAAUCGACGAGCAUGACGGACUACACGGAUUACCUGGAAACCGCCUGGGAAUUGGCCCUGGAGUAUGGGGAAUAUCUGCCCUACUUGCUAAUCACCUACGUGAUAGUCACCCUGCUGCCAAAGUCCCUCAUCCGGAUGAAGCGCUUCGCGGAUGCGGAUUACGAGGCGAAUAGGAACAACUACCAUCGCUGCUACGGUCCAGAGCUCUGCUGUCAUGUGUUGGCUCAGGAGGGAAAGGUGAAACAGAAGGCCAGGAAACCGGUGACCCGGGUUUAUCCCAAGCGUCAGGUGGCUCCAACCAAAUCAGAGCUACCUCCUCCAAGUCCAGCGCCUGUAAAGAGAAGUAAUGUGACCAAGAUAGCCAGGAUGUUUGAGACGGGCAACACUCGGAAGGUCCAGGUCAACAGGGUGGCUCCCGUAACCCUGCCCGAGAUCAGGAUGUUCGGAGCCAGCGAUGAAUCCAGGGAUUCCACACCAUGUGCCUCGAGGAAAACGAGCAUUGCCAGCCAGCUCUCCGCUCAACUGCAGCACAUUGAGCAGACGAUGCAUCUGUGGCAGGAACUGGAAGAGGAGCCUGCAAAGAAAUCAUCUAAUAACAACGAUUGGGAACCCAUGGCGGUGCCGGUGCCUAGGAGAACUCGGGGAACCUCAGCCACUCCUUCAACAGCUUCUCCUUUGUCCAGUUCCCCGGAACCAGAGCACUCGAGAUCACCAGUUCUCCUGAGGAAACCACCCUCUCUCUGUCUGCAAACCAGCAUGGAGGAUAUAUUCCAAGUAAUAGCGAGGAGUGCCGAGGAGCCAGAGUCAGAUUGUCCCGAUUGUCAGUGCCUCUCCCCAGUGACCAGCAUUGAUGAUAUACUCUCGGAAAGGAGGUUCUCACGUCCCUUGUCAGCCUACUCCAUCACCGAUCUCCUCAACGAAGAGCAGGCCUCCUGUGUGGAGGAGACCACCUACAUCAACGACACCAGAUGAGCAUCCCGAAGGGACUGGAGAGCCAUUUUAUAGUGCCAUCCCAAAGGGUCAGAUGGAAUCACCAGGGACA